AUGAAAAUUCUUACUCAAAUCAAGGGGCAAGAUUGACUGCGACUCUAGCCUCCAUGAUCGACUAUCUUCCCCACCUCCGACCACCAGCGUCAGCUCUGCUCAAGACGUCUAUCUUUCUCUCUCUCUCUUCGAAUUUGCCUUGUAGACAUUAUCUCAUGACCACCAGUCAUGAAGUCGACGGUGCCGCUGACCAAUCCAUCUGUCGAAUCAACGGUGCCAACAAUCGUCCAUCCCUUUCUCAAUCUAACUCCCUUGCUCCAACGAUGCCUACGAACCUUCCUUCUCUCUUCUCAGUUGAGCUUCACGACGUACAAGAUGAUCCACUGGAAGACGGAAUCGAGAAGUGAGCCUUCAACUUCGUUACUCACUCCCGCGUCGACUUUGUCUCUCACAUCACUCAUUCAGUUUGAUGUAGCCGCCGUCACCAACCUCUCUCUCUCUACUCUCUUUUCUCACCAACCUGUCCAUCUCUCUCUCUCACUUACACAGCAUCAACGAAGGCAGGCGGAGGUGGAUCUCGGACCAGACGGCAAGCGGAGGUGACUCGGUUGUGACUCUCGGACUCAGAGGCAGGCGUGGAUCUCGGACUCAGAUUACAGAGAAGAGGAAGAAGAAAUUGAAAUGCUUCUGGAAAACUAUCUCCAAAGUUUGCAGAACGUGCAUAUAUGAGAAGCUCUCGGAUAAGGAGGUCGAUUACUGUCCUGUAUGCAAAAUUGAUUUGGGCUGUCUUCCAGUGGAGAAACUCAGAUGGCGAUUGAUAAAAGUUGGACGAAAUUGAGAAAUCGUGCCUGUGAUGCUUAUUGGAUUGGUCUCCAAAAUUUCAUGAAUAUGGCGUCACAAUACAAAGAUUGUGACGGGAGAAUAAGAUGUCCAUGUGUCAGAUGCAUGAAUCUUAGACUGCAAACUUUGGAUGUCGUUCAGGCACAUAUAUUCGAUCGGGGUUUCCACCAGAGUUAUGAACAAUGGAUUUACCAUGGGGAAGUCGAGGAAGAUGUUGAUGAUGAAGGGGUGGAUGAGAAUGAGCCCAUGGAUGAGAUGCGAGACAUCGUUGACGAUUUCCUUUUACCGAACAACGCUGAAGAAGCUAACAGUGGAAUAGGUCAGUACUAUGAUGAGUUAUUCGACGAAAUUAAAACUGAGUUGUAUCCGGGUUGUGAUUGGAAAAGUAAGCGGCACGCCCACUUCAAAAAGUUCUACAAAGGACCAGAUGAUUGGGAUGAGGUCCUAAAGAAUCCACCUAAAGAUGUUAACGCCGAUGAGUGGAAACAAAUUUGUGAGUUUUUCAGGAGUCCGAAGUUUAUUGCGCGCUCAGUGAAGAACAAAAUAAACCGAGACCAAGUGAAGUACUCUACAACACAAGGCACGAAAUCAUUAGCGGUCACUUGUCACGAAAAAGUUAAGUUGAAGUCAACUCUUGAAGCUGAGACUCAACAGACAGUUGAAUCUGGUACCGAUGAUUCUUCCUCGAUCGAUCAAAUGAAGAUACUAAGUAAAGUUCUUGGUGAAGGGCGAGGCCACCAGCGAGGAGUUGGCCGCAAAUUAAAGAGAAAAUCGUUAACCCGUCCCUCUCAAAGAUCUCAGUCUCAGGCACCACCUCAACAGUCGACUGAGGAAAUACGUGAAUUGGUUGAUAUUUUGAAGGUCAUGAAUGAACAGCUUCAGCACGUGUAUCAGCAGCUUCCACCUGAAAAACGUCCGGCAAAAGACGUGGAGAUGCAGAAUACAUAUCAGCGGUUUUUCGAGAAGUAUGUAGGCUCGUCUUCUAAAACUCAGACACAACACAUGUCUCAAGCUUUAGCUUUUCAACCUUCACCAGGCCAUCCCAACACAUCUGCACCAAUUUUGCCAUCUCAACCUUCGGCUCAGCCAUAUAUGUAUCAAUGGUCGAUGCCUCCGUACCCUCAAGCUUAUCAUCCUCAUAUGAGUAGGCCUUCGUCCCAACUCCCGCAUCCUCAUAUGAGUGGAUUGUUGUCUCAACCUCCGUCAUAUCCUUAUCCUUAUCCAUACAUAUAUGGACCUAAAGGAUCAUCGUUACCUCUACAGUAUCCAUGGUCGAUGCCUCCGCACACACCUCAGGCACCGCCGCCACUGCAGGCACCGCCGCCACCGCAGGCACUAGAAGAAGGGGACAAUACAGAUAACGCCGAGGGUUGAGAUAAUUUAUAUAUUAUUGUAUUAAACAAUAACUUUUAAUUAAUAUAUUAUUGUAUGAAUAUUUAAUUUGAAUAAUAUUGUAUUAGUUGUGUAAUUUGAAUAAAUUAUUAAUUUUUGUUUUUUGAUCAAGAAGAAAGGAU